AUGAACAACCCACCAGGAGACGUCAAUCCACAUCAUGUGGUUAGCUCCUACUUCAUCGGCCCUAAGUCCGAGAACAUGGGUGACUUUAAAGCCAACAUUACAGCGAUCCUGGAUCUGAUCCAGAAGGCCCGUCAAAACUACCAGCCUGGAGACGAUGUAUUCAUCACGGAGGACGUCCGGACGUCUGCUACCUUCCAGAGGAUUACCAAAAACUUCCACGAGGCUGUCAAGAAGGCCGCUACACUGCUGGGCAAGCACUCAAUCCCCUUCUGGCACCCCCGGUAUGAGGGCCAUAUGUCUACGGACAUGACCAUGCCCGGUCUACUCGGCUAUUUCAUGGCCAUGAUCUACAACCCGAAUAAUGUCACCGUCGAGGCAAGCCCGUUCACCACCGUCGUCGAGCUGAGAGCGGGAAAGCAACUGUGUGAAAUGUUUGGUUAUAACACCGACCCCGAUCAAACGGAAUUGCCAUUGUCCUGGGGCCACAUAACCUGUGAUGGGACAGUGGCUAAUCUUGAAUCCAUCUGGGUUGCCCGCAAUCUCAAAUUUUAUCCCCUGACCCUCUACCAGGCCAUGAAGGAUGGCCCUCUUGGCUUCAUCGCCAACGAAUUCCAAGUCACCACCUGCGUCGGAGAGGAGAAGCUCUUCAAAGACCUCGGUGUCUGGGAGCUGCUCAAUCUUCGACCUGAGGUUAUCCUCGGCAUGGGCGAUGCUCUGUACAGGCAAUUUGGCAUCACGUCCAAGUUUCUGGAGGGAGCAUUAACGCCGUUCAACAUUCAAACGACUGGCAAGGACGAACUGGAGCGCGAAUUUGGCAUUUCCAAGCCGACCAAAUACUUCCUGGCUCAAACCCGGCAUUACUCGUGGCCCAAAGGCGGUGCUAUUGCUGGCAUUGGAUCCUCCAAUAUGCAGGGCGUGGAGCUCGACCUGGACGGUCACAUUUCCCUCGAGGCCCUCGAACGGGAGCUCAAUCGCUGUCUGGAGGAGCGACAGGCUGUGUACGCGGUGGUGGCUAUUAUUGGAUCCACCGAAGAAGGUGAGGUCGAUUCACUGUAUGACAUUCUCGCUAUGCGUCGACGAUUCCAGGACAAAGGACUGUCGUUCUUGGUGCACGCCGACGCAGCCUGGGGCGGAUACUUUGCCAGCAUGAUUCCCCGGUCCCUGAUGGCCCCUGGACGACACAGCAAGAUAGGAGACGGAAAGGAAGCGGUGGGUCAAGUGCCGUCGCUGUCCCUGAAGACCGACACCCUCUGGCAUAUGAUUGCCCUUAAGGAGGCCGACUCGAUCACGGUAGAUCCUCACAAGGCGGGCUACAUCCCGUAUCCUGCCGGAAGCCUGUGCUAUCGCGACGGUCGCAUGCGCUUCCUGGUUACCUGGACCAGCCCGUAUCUGACACAGGGAUCAAUGGAGAACAUCGGCGUGUACGGUGUGGAGGGCAGCAAGCCCGGCGCCGCCGCCAUGUCUGCCUGGCUCUCCAACCAGACCAUCGGACUCGAUCCAAGGGGGUACGGAAUGCUCUUGGGCGAGGCAGCCUUCACCAGUGCACGACUUUCGGCCUUCUACGCCGCGAUGCAUCUGCGACAGCCCAAGGAUGAUGGCAAGCCCUACUAUAUUAUUGUCCCCUUCAACCGGCUGCCAGUCGAAAAGGAGGGGUAUGACAUCCUGUCCGACGCCAUGAACAAACGUCGCGAGUGGAUUUGGGACAAUGUAAUUACCAAAGACAACGAUCAAGUCAGCGGCAAUCCCGAGGUGAUGGGCUGGCUGCGGGAGAUUGGCUCGGACCUCAAUAUUAACGCCUUCGCAAUCAACUGGUAUCACGCAGACGGUACCCUCAACGACGAUCUGGAAGAGGCCAACUACUUGAUGAGACGGGUGGUCAAUCGCCUGUCCAUCACCAGGAGCGGCAUGGAUCCCAAUGCAAUCCCACUUUUCCUGACCUCAACCCAGUUCGAGCCCACAAUGUACGGCAAAUGCGCGCAGAAUUUCAUGGAGCGACUGCACCUGCGACCCUGCGCCCAGGAUCUCUGGGUGCUGCGCAACGUCGUCAUGAGUCCCUUCCCCACGGAUCGCGGCUUCAUCCGAGAGCUCAUGCAGGAACUCGAGAAGGUGAUUGUCGACGAGGUCAAGAACACCUGUCGCCCGCGAAACAGCCCUUUGGCCAACAAGCUCGAGUUCCUGCUACGGGGCACCGACGAGAUUUUCCUGGAUUUCCAGACCAGUUUCCAUCGCGCCACGCAGCGCCAGCAGAUCAUCCUGGCGGCGGAGCUGGCGGCGGAUGUCCAAAAGAAGUACGUUGACCUGAAGCGCAAAUUCCCCAAGCAGGAGAUCGGGUUCUUGUCCGAUGAUGUGCAGCAUCUCAAACAUAUGAUGGAGCAAAUCGAGCAACAGAGUCAGCCCCCUCCAGUUGUCAAGGGCCGAAUCGGUGUCCGCGACGGGGAAUCCUACCUCCAUGCCAUUGAAUGCAAUGUGAAGAUGACACGCAUCGUCAAAAGUCGUCCUCUGAACUCGGUGAAUCGCGAUGACCACUAUCCCCGCCACUUCAUGCCAUUUUACCUGUUCGGCUCUCAGGACGAGCAUCAUAUCUCGCAUAUGCUGUUGCAGUCGCCCAACGUGAGCCUGUCCGCCAGCAACGUGCAACUACAGGAUGCCCUUGCCAGAAAAGUGGCAUCCCGCCUGGCGAAGCACGAGGGUCUAAUCCUCACCCUGACCGAAUACCGCGAGGAGACUAUGCAUCCCUUCCCGCCGAAGAACGACGACUCAAUGCUCAUUAGUGACAACUUCUUCUUCCGCGAGGGCCAAACAUUCGAGGUGAAGGUGUACGAGGAUCCUAAGCCUGACACCGCCAACGGCCCAGGAUUGCUGGAUGAGCUGCGCACUCCUAUCGCUCGUGGAAGGAUGACUCUGGGAUCGGAUGUCCAUGUCGACGUGGAGACUCUGAAUCGGGACCCGUUCGAUGAGCAGGAAGAUGACGUCAAGUGGGAUUCGGAGUUGGACGAGAUAACCAAUGUCUUGAAUAGUGGUCAGUAG